AUGUUCUGGGAACAAGAAGAACUUUUGGAUAUAAAACCGCAAACUAAUGAAGAAGAACUCUGCGAGAAAUUGUUUGCUGAUACACACUCACGUGAUGAAACUGGUCGAUACACGGUCCACCUUCCAUUCAAAAGGUUACUACAAGGUCAAGAGCUACCUACAUUUACCCACACGGACUAUAACGCAAUGAAACGAUUGAAGCAGUUGGAAUCAUCGUUUCAACAGAAAAUCCAAUUUGCCGAUGAAUACCGAAAGUUUAUGUUGGAAUACGAAACACUUCAGCACAUGGUUAAGCUUGGUGAGUAUCCUCACUCAAUACCACACAAUGCAUAUUUCUUUCCACAUCACGGUGUACUCAGAGAGAGUAGUACAACAACUAAACUUCGUGUUGUUUUUGAUGGUGGAAAUCGGAGACCACCACAAACUUCGAUAAAUGACGAAUUAUCAGCUGGUCCUGCUUUACAAAAUGAUUUGUCUACAAUCAUCAUACGAUGGCGAAGACAUUGCAUUGGGUUUACUGCCGAUUUGGAGAAGAUGUUUAGGCAAAUAAAUGUCUGUCCAGAACAUCAGCCAUUCCAAUGUAUUCUCUGGAGAGAUGCCACUGGAAAAAUUUGUGUUUACACUCUUCGAACAGUCACCUAUGAUGAAGAAACACGCUUUCCAGAAGCCAGUCAAAUUCUACGCGAAGAUACAUAUGUCGAUGACGUCAUAUCUGGGACGGGACAAUCCACACGAAGCUUUACAGCUACAAAAUCAGCUUUCGAAUCUAUUGAAAUCAGGAGGCUUUCAUUUAAGGAAAUGGAAUUCGAAUUGCCCUGA